AUGUCUUCUCCUGAGAUUCCGCCGCCAACCGCGUGUGUAGCAGACUGGAAGCGCACCAAGCAACGCCUUCUUUUCGCGUCGCUUGUUCUCAUAUUGGUCGUCGUCGCUCUAUUUCUUCACUCCUCGCUCUCAAAACCUGACGUUCUGAAUCUCGGAACAGAAGAGACGACGGAAACGCUAACGCAAACGGAAUCUGCGCCAUCUGCUGCUGUAAGCCAAGCCGAGCUUGCAGAGGGUCCCCAACCUACGCCGGAGCAGCAAUCCGAACCAAAGAAACCGUUUGAGCCUAAGCCAGAACGCGAAACCGCGGUUUCGCCAUCUACCACUUGCGAUCUAUCCGUUGGAAGCUGGGUGGCAAACCCGUCCCGCCAGCCACAGUACACAGGCGAGAGCUGCAAGAGCCUGAGUCGGGCGUUCAACUGCCAGCGCAACGGGCGUGUCAACAUGCGGUACCUGCAGUACGAGUGGCGCAGCCCUGGCUGCCGCAUUGAGAGGUUCGAUGCAUCUGCCUUCCUGGAGCACAUGCGCAACAAGGUGUUUCUGGUCGUGGGGGAUUCUGUCUCCAUGAAUUUCUUUGGAGCCCUACAGUGCCUCCUCGAGACAGCCACUCCGACCAAGGUGUCCCCUGUUCAUGCAACCUUCCCUUCCUCCACACUCAUAUUUCUACCUGCCUGCCCUCCCAACCCGCCCAGGGAUGGCCCGCUGUUCCCAGGAGGACCAAACACUUAUGCUGUGAUUGCACCACACCUCAAUGCUCACUUCCCUUCCUCCACACUCGUCCUGGUUUUACCCGCCUGCCCUCCCAACCCCCAUGGACAGAGCAGGGAUGGCCCGCUGUUCCCAGGAGGGCCAAGAACUCGCGCCUUGAUUGCACCGCAAUUCAAUGCCACCUUCCUAAGCCACGCCUCCUCCUUCCUCGUCCAAUCUACUCCCAGUGUGCAUCUGGAUCAGGCGCAUCUGGGUCAGGCGCAUCUGGAUCAAACACAUCUGGAUCAGGCGCAUCUGGAUCAGACGCAUCUGGAUCAAACGCAUCUGGAUCAGGCGCAUCUGGAUCAAACGCAUCUGGAUCAGGCGCACCUGGAUCAGGCGCAUCUGGAUCAGGCGCAUCUGGAUCAGGCGCAUCUGGAUCAAACGCAUCUGGAUCAGGCGCAUCUGGAUCAGGUGCAUCUGGAUCAAACGCAUCUGGAUCAGGCGCAUCUGGAUCAGGCGCAUCUGGAUCAAACACAUCUGGAUCAGGCGCAUCUGGAUCAGACGCAUCUGGAUCAGGCGCAUCUGGAUCAAACGCAUCUGGAUCAGGCGCAUCUGGAUCAGGCGCAUCUGGAUCAGGCGCAUCUGGAUCAGGCGCAUCUGGAUCAAACGCAUCUGGAUCAGGCGCAUCUGGAUCAAACGCAUCUGGAUCAGGCGCAUCUGGAUCAGGCGCAUCUGGAUCAGGCGCAUCUGGAUCAGGCGCAUCUGGAUCAAACGCAUCUGGAUCAGGCACAUCUGGAUCAGGCGCAUCUGGAUCAGGCGCAUCUGGAUCAGGCGCAUCUGGAUACCACCUGCUGCUCAACCCUAUUGUCUGGUGCCUCCUCCCAUCUGCCUCACCAGGGCAACAAGUCCACUGCAAGCACAAGGAUGACGCAUCUGACCCGGGUGCAUUUGGAUCGCAUUACCUCCCCUGUGUUCAACCCUCGUGAUAGGACCACAGCCAGCCCGUGGACGGUGCACCUGUACUGCUCCUGUUGCUCACUCCAUGCUCCUCUGCAACCUUCCCUUCCCCUCACCCCUCUCCACUCUCCCCUCUCCACUCUCCCCUCUCCACUCACCCCUCUCCACUCUCCCCUCUCCACUCUCCCCUCUCCGUUCUCCCCUCUCCACUCACCCCUCUCCACUCUCCCCUCUCCACUCUCCCCUCUCCACUCUCCCCUCUCCACUCACCCCUCUCCACUCUCCCCUCUCCACUCACCCCUCUCCACUCUCCCCUCUCCACUCUCCCCUCUCCACUCUCCCCUCUCCACUCUCCCCUCUCCACUCUCCCCUCUCCACUCUCCCCUCUCCACUCACCCCUCUCCACUCUCCCCUCUCCACUCUCCCCUCUCCACUCUCCCUCUCCCUCCUCUGCCUCAACAGGGCGAUAGGACCACGGCGAGCACAUGGACGGUGCAUCUGGACCAGGUGCAUCCUAAUUGGUCGCCUGUGCUUCCAUACUCCGACUAUGUGGUCUUUGGGACCGGAGCUUGGUACACCAUUGUGAGCCAACCUCAAGUGCUCCGCAGCUAUGUAAAUGCGCGAGCACUCAUCUGUCUUCCACCCUUCAACAUUAUUCUUCAUCCGCCCCCGACCUCCCCUCUCCAGGCCGACCUCAAGAAGCGGCACUACAUGGCCAACCUCAAGAAGCGGCACUACAUGGUGGACAAUAAGGAGCAGCCAAGCGAGAACCGCAUGGCCACCAUGCAAACCGCCCUGCACACAGUCGCACGUUUCACGCGCAGCAUCAACUACACGGGGGUGCCCAUGCUGCUCACCUACUCGCCCGUGCACGAGAAAGUGAGACUCAACAGCACGGCUCGCGAGCUCGGCUGUAGCUCCUACAUGCGCCCCGUGGGGGUGGAGGCUCUGGAAGGGGCACAGUGGGCUGCAGAUGCGAUGGACGCUCGGAACGCACAGAUAGAGGUGGGUUUGGAGCGGUGCUGA